AUGGAGGUGGAGGGAAAGGGCCGCUCGGCUGGCCCGGGGGUCUCGGCGGCCCUGGGGCGCGAACUGCGCGUGAAAUCGCUGAGCUGCGGACCAGCCCUGGGGCUGCAGACCCCGCUCGGCUCCUCUGCCGGGAGAAGAGCCCCCGGUGGAGCCGCUCCCGGCAGUACUGGCUUUUUUGUCCCGUUCUGCCCAGGCGGCGCCGGCAAAGGUGGUGGCGACGAGCCCGGGAAGCCGCCGCAGCCGGCGGAGGAGGAAGCCCCGGUUCUGCACGGCACCGGCCACUGCAAGUGGUUCAACGUGCGCAUGGGGUUCGGGUUCAUCUCCAUGAGCAGCCGAGAGGGGAGCCCCUUGGACAUCCCAGUCGAUGUGUUCGUGCACCAAAGCAAAUUAUUCAUGGAAGGAUUUAGAAGCCUAAAAGAAGGAGAACCAGUGGAAUUCACAUUUAAAAAAUCUUCCAAAGGCCUUGAAUCAAUACGGGUAACAGGACCUGGCGGGAGCCCCUGUUUAGGAAGUGAAAGAAGACCCAAAGGGAAGACACUACAAAAAAGAAGACCAAAGGGAGAUAGAUGCUACAACUGUGGUGGCCUUGAUCAUCAUGCUAAGGAAUGUAGUCUACCUCCUCAGCCAAAGAAGUGCCAUUACUGUCAGAGCAUCACACACAUGGUGGCCAACUGCCCGCUCAAAACUGCUGUGCAGCCGCCCGCCAGUUCUCAGGGAAGACAGGAAGCGGAUUCUCAGCCAUGCACUGCGGCUCUCCCGCGGGAGGCGGGGGGAGGGCACGGCUGCACAUCACCCCCAUUUCCUCAGGAGGCGAGGUCGGAGAUGGCAGAGCGGCCAGGCAGGUCCCCGCAGGAAGCUUCCUCCACGAAGUCGGCAGCGGCCCCCGAGGAACAAAGCAAAAAGGGGCCUUCCAUCCAGAAGAGGAAAAAGACAUAACCCUGCUUCUUGACGUAUCGUUUUCUCUCCCCGGUUGGGAAGUCUACCUCAUGCAAGGAUAGGGGAACAGUAUUUCACAAGCAGCAGCUGACCUGGGAUUUUUAACUACUGUUGAGGAACUGUGAAUUUUUUCUAAAACCGACAAAUCACUCUUAAGCAAAUCACAUUGAAGCAGUGUCAUGUGUGAUGUGAUUCAGAGAAUGAGAUACUAUGUGUACCUAUAUGUGCAUGUGUGAGAGGGAGAGAGCCUGAGUCUGUGUGUGUGUGUGUAGGAGGAUUUAUAUCGCAAUGGGGGACAUACACAUAUAAAGAAAGUGUGUCUUUAUAUGUGUGUGUACGGAUAUAAGCACACACCCUCCCUCACUGGAUUUGACAUCCCCAACAAUUGAAAACUCAUGGGAAGCAUUUUUAUUUAGAUGGUUUCAAAAAAAAAUAGUCCCUGGAGUUUUUCUUGAAAUGCCAUUCCCUUUUUUUUUUUACCUUACUUACAAAUAAAAACGUGGUUGUUACUUUUGUGUGAACCAAAGGAUACUUCACGUCUCAGAGCUGCCAAAUCACAUGGUACUAACGGUUUUUAAAGCAUCCGCUUCCCCCACGUUUGGGAUUGCCUUUUUUCUUGAUAUCCACAGAGUGCUCCCACCCCUUUGAAGGCAGUACCUUAACUCCACAUGCCUCUGACUGCCAUCAGCUUUUUGAAUCUGGGAUACAUUAUUUCCAGAAAAGACAAUGAAUGUGUAAUUUCUGUGCCGAUGUUUCAAUGUUUUUAAUUCAUAUAUUUUUAUUGUAAACUAGAUACAGAUUAAGAGAAAGGAAGGGGGGAGGGCAAUGUAACAAUGUAGUGACUUGAUUGUUUGCCGAGGCAUUUCGAUACCAGCUCCUGAUGUUUUACGUGUUGUGAGGUUUUGUAAGGGGUUCUGGCAACAGCAGCUUUCCUUGACUGAGUCAUUCCUUUUGACCGUCACUUCGAGCAGGGGUCCUCCCUGUUUACUACUGAAGACCUUGGAGAAAAACGGUUUGGUAUAUAUUUUGGUGACGAUUUUUAUUCUCCCCCCCGCCCCCCCCGGAGAGUUACCUAACUUGUUUUUAAAACCAACAAAGCAGCAGAGAUACGGAUAGAAUGCCAGGGUUGAGAGUAGACAUCAUUGAUGCUCACAAUUGCCCAAUAUGUAUGACCUUGACUCUAUUAGAAAGUGCAGUGUUUGGUGGCAGGCAGCUAGAGUGACCAGCUGGGCCAGAGGUACCAGAACCUCUCCUUGCAGAGAGCCGGAAGGAUUUUAUACAAUAAGCUGGAUCUCAGGGGAGAUCCCUCUGUCGCCGUGCUGAAGGAGCCCGCACGGUGGAGUCAGGAUGAACACGCAGUGAUGGCGACGGAGAGGCCUCUCAGCUUGGUCCUCGGUUAUGUUAGUAAAUUGGCUGGGGAACAGUCCUAAUAUCGGUCCCCUGUGGGUUUCAGUCACUUCGGUGUCAUCCUGGUUAUAGUUGUCAUGGGUACUUCACUGAAAUAUCUCCAAGAAGGUACCAACUAUAAUGCUUAACAUUGACAAUAAAUAGUUUUGUAUGAUGAGCCUGUUGGUAUAAGCUCAGAUAAUCAAAGAAAGAGAGAAAGAAAGAAAGAAAGAAAGAAAGAAAGAAAGAAAGAAAGAAAGAAAGAAAGAGAAAAGAAAGAAAGAAAGAAAGGAAGUUCAAAUGUGACAUAUUCUACCGAUCAGUGUCCGCUCCCUCUCCCAUGUGUCCUUCCAUGUAGGCCUGUGCAGUUGCUGUGUGUCAGCCAGCCGGGUGCACGGAGAAAUACCCGGGGCUGUCCCCCGCCGCUGAGCCUGAACUCCACGACAGUGUGUGUGAGAAUCCCCACAGCAUGUUCUGAAAUGUCAGUGUGCUGUGAUGCAACGCUUACCUUUGACGAUAUUGAAUGUGAUAUAGCUGUAGAGAAGUCCGUCCUUGCCUUACGUGAGGAUUGUAAGCGUAUUUAAAUUAUGUAGACAAAUCAAAGUGGCAUUGCUUAAUUUUUAGCAGGUCUAAUAAGCCGGUGAACAGGAAAAAUGCAAACGGUGACAAGUCACUUUGAGAAAUCCAAACCAAAGUUUCUUGACCUUAGAGAACUAUGGACUUAGAGAAGUUACGGACUUGAGAAUUGGGCAUUCCCUGUUUCCAUAUUAAAACGUGCAGAGCUGAGGUCGUGCUUAAAAAAAAAAUAAAAAAGUGUAACUGUGGACCUAUGGGUGCAAUUUGAAAUCGUGCUAAGCAUUUCACCAGACUGAACUAAGAGCACAUACCAAACCUACCUUGUGAUUAAAAGUUGGGUUUAUUUUUUAUAUAAGAAUAUUAUCACUAUUGCAUAACAUACUCAGGACAAAGAACUUUGCUCAGGGAACAUACCAUAUGAUGAUGAUGUUGUUGUUUCUUUACAGAAUAGUCUACAGUCCUGCUUACUCAAAACAAACCAAAUAACUCUGACCUUUAUGUGUUAUAUACUGAUGUUAGUAGUAACUACCUCUGUUUGAUGUAGAUCAAAAUUUCUGAAUUUAUCAGUUCUCCUGUUUCUAUUUCAUGUGAAAAGUACUCGACCGUAGAAUUCCUGAAUUCCUUGUAUAUGUGAAUAUCACAGAUGUGAGCACAGUGUCCGUUUUCAUGGGUGAAAUAUAAUUCUGUUUACAACAAAAGGCUACCUCAUCGUUGAUGCAUAGCACACCUGUAUGCUGCUCCAGCCUCCCAGUGGCUGGCCAUUCUCCGGUACAGAACCUUCCCAUAGCGUAGACAGCAAUUCACAAACUGCAUGUUUCCGACAAACACUUGUGAAUAAUGAAGCAUCGAGCAUCCCAUUUAGUUAGCAAAGUCUCCAAGCAUUUCCUGGCACCGAUCAUGUACUUAGAAUGAAAAAAAUGAUGGUCACUCUUCCACGUAAGCAACGCAGCACACAGAAGCAAUUUGGAAACAGCUAAGCUCUGCCUAGAAGCUGAGGCAGGAAGGAACGUCUGAGUGCAUUCGUGCUGGGCAAACAGCACAAAAGAUGCCAAUCUCCUGUGUUUAUGUCUGUGCUGCCCCGAGGCCAGGCAUGUGGCAGCAUCAUUGCCCAAGGCACCCAGCUAACUAGCACUGGCUUGCCAAGGCAUAGACGUGGAGUGAUGUGCAGUGCCAUGUCCAGCUACUGAGGGGUGGGGGCUGCGUGAAGCAUCUGUUUACAGGAGUUGCCCAGGGACUGGCAGGAGGUCUGUGAGCUAAUGGCUCCUUAACCUCACCCCCAUGUCAGCACAAAUGUCAUUCCUAAGAAAGAUGCUCUACCGGUCUCCCAGCUAUCCAUUUGCUACAUGGCAGAUUACAGUGGAAGCAUUUUUAUACUUGCAUUUCUAGUCUUUACUAGAAGACUUUGGAUGUAUUUUUACAAUGGAGAGAUGUGAAAGAUUUUUACCUGCUUAUAACUUGCAAGUUUGGUGUGCAAUGUAAGGAAAAAGGAUCAGUGAACAUCAUGGUAUUAGCAUCGAUCCACCUACGAAAACAGGAUGUUUUUAUUGCCGAUUUCUUUCUAAUUAGUCUGGCCCGGUUUUGUUUUGCACCAAUGUGGCCCCAAGUUAAUGCUAGUUGUAUUUAGUUUGUGAAUAGAAGCCCAUAAGUGUUAAUAGACUUUGUAACAUUCACUGUAAGAUGAAUUAUACAGGACAUGGGAAAUCUCACUAAGUCUUAAAGUUAAUUUAAGUUAAUUUAUCUGUUUUCUCUAAGAAAUGUCUAUCAUAAAAUAUAUAUGUUUGUUUCCCCUUUGGUUAUAAAAUUUGGGAAAGUAUGUACAAGUGCAGCUGCCCUGAUGUUAAUUUCCUAGAUUUUUUUUUUUUUUUUUUUUUUUUUUUUAGAGAAGAACAACUUGUUAAAAGCAUCUAAUUUUGUCUUACAUAGCUGUCAUCGGCCUCUUUAAGAUGUGGUGGUUGUGUGAUCUGUGUCAUAUCGAUAGUUCAGUUAGAGUGAGAAGUUGACCAGUGAGUCGUUUUUAAAAUUUAUAUGUGGAACAAAGCUGCAAAAGUUAUGGCAGAGUACUGUACUGUGAGAAACUAUUGCGAUGGGUAAUACAUCUGUGGCUUCACACUUGUGAGAGUUACCAGCUUGAACACGAUGGUGUGGGACUACCUCCUGAUUUACUUACAUCUACCAACCACUGGCACCCACCACCAAGCUGGCUUUAAUUAUAUGUGUUGGGUUUCUUGUGUUUUUUAUUAUUUUUUUUAUUUUUUGGUAUUAACCACCCUAAGCAUACUAGAGACCAAAGUGAACACUGAUUUCUAUAUCUCUUUAUCUAGUGUUUUUAAAUUAUCCUGUGUAGUCGUUAGAUUGCCUCGUUGUCCAUUUUGACUCAUGUUUACAAGUGAAACGCAACAAAACACGUGAACUGUAUAUUUUUAAAGGACAAAAAGGGAGAGGUUUCGCAUGGCCUUCACUCUGUACCGUCAUUCCGAUGGGCUAACACACUGCUUGCCUUUCUGCAGACCGUGGGUUUUAUAUCUCAUUUCAUGCCUAAUGUCUUAUUCUGUCAACUAUGGAUAUUUUGAGGUCUGAAAAAAAAAUUGAUUAAAAAUAAAAAUAUAAUGUUGGCAUUUA